GCGUCAGUGGGCUCGUUUCCGGGUUUCCAAAAUAAAACAACGUCUCCAAUAAGGAAAACGGUAACGCUUAGCUUUGGGUUGAGUUCUGGGCUCCUCGUCGACGUUCCGCGGUUUCCUGGGUCUCAGCGGUGAUGUCGACCUCCACUCAGAAGCACCGGGACUUUGUGGGCGAGCCGAUGGGAGACAAACCGGUGACGAGCCUGUCGGGGAUCGGAGGGAUUCUGGGAGAGAAGCUGAAGCACCAAGGCUUCGACAAGGCCUACGUGGUCCUGGGUCAGUUCCUGCUUCUAAAGAAGGACCCUGAGAUGUUCACCGAGUGGCUGAGGGACGCCAGUGGGGCCAACGCCCGUCAGGCCGGACUCUGCACUCAGUGUCUGAGGGAGUGGUGUGACGCCUUCCUCUGAGACCCCGCCUCCUCACGACAGGCCCCGCCCCAUCACACCAGACCCCGCCUCCUCACACCAGAGCCCGCCUCUUACUGUUCUUCUCCAACCCUGUCUGGUUUACAGGUGACUCUCCAGCUGGAUUCACAGGUGUUCACAUGAAUAAAAGGAGGAAGCCUGGGAAACAUUAAACCAC